CGGACCUCAUUUUCACAUUACCGGCAUUUCAGCACGACUGCCGGUCGGAAAUUUUUAGUCGGCAGUAAAGCCACAGUGCAGGUUAUUUAUCUUUUUUUAUUUAUACCGUUCGUUUACAAAAAUGCCAGGAUUUUCCGACAGAGACCGCGGCAGGGACAGAGAUAGAGACAGAGGCUAUGGCGGUGGCCCUCCUCGCUUCGGAGGCAACCGCGGGGGCGGAGGCGGCGGCGGAGGAGGAAAGUUCGGCAAUCCCGGCGAAAGGCUGCGGAAAAAACACUGGAACCUCGACGAACUCCCAAAGUUUGAGAAGAACUUUUACCAGCAGCACCCCGAUGUCACCCGGAGACCACCGCAAGACGUUGAACUGUACAGAAGAACCAAAAUAAUCACAGUGAAGGGGAGAGAGUGCCCAAAUCCCAUUGCAAAGUUCCACGAGGCCAGCUUUCCAUCUUAUGUGAUGGAUGUGAUCAACAAACAGGGUUGGACGGAUCCCACACCCAUCCAGGCUCAGGGAUGGCCCCUGGCUCUCAGUGGCAAGGACAUGGUCGGCAUUGCGCAGACUGGCUCUGGCAAAACUCUCUCUUACCUGUUGCCUGCAAUUGUCCACAUCAACCACCAGCCUUUCCUGGAGCGUGGAGAUGGUCCCAUCUGUUUGGUGCUGGCCCCGACCCGUGAGCUGGCCCAGCAGGUGCAACAGGUGGCUGCAGAAUACGGCAGAGCUUCUCGCCUCAAGUCCACCUGUAUCUACGGAGGAGCACCCAAGGGUCCUCAGAUCCGUGACUUGGAAAGAGGUGUGGAGAUCUGCAUCGCCACCCCAGGCAGGCUCAUCGACUUCCUGGAGGCAGGAAAGACAAACCUCCGUCGAUGCACAUAUCUCGUGCUGGACGAGGCCGACAGAAUGCUGGACAUGGGCUUUGAACCACAGAUCCGGAAAAUCGUCGACCAAAUCAGACCUGACCGGCAGACUCUGAUGUGGAGUGCCACGUGGCCAAAAGAGGUUCGUCAGCUGGCAGAAGACUUCCUGAAGGAAUAUGUCCAGAUCAACGUUGGGGCACUGCAGCUCAGUGCUAACCACAACAUCCUGCAGAUAGUAGAUGUCUGCAACGAUGGAGAGAAGGAGAACAAACUGAUCCGUCUGCUUGAAGAAAUCAUGAGUGAGAAAGAGAACAAGACCAUCAUCUUUGUAGAGACAAAGAGGCGGUGUGAUGACCUCACCAGGAGGAUGAGAAGGGAUGGGUGGCCAGCUAUGGGAAUUCAUGGUGAUAAGAGCCAACAAGAGAGAGACUGGGUUCUCAAUGAGUUCAAAUAUGGAAAGGCUCCAAUUCUCAUCGCUACAGAUGUUGCCUCCAGAGGUCUAGAUGUGGAAGAUGUCAAAUUUGUCAUCAACUUUGACUACCCCAACAACUCAGAGGACUAUAUCCACCGCAUUGGCCGAACAGCUCGUAGCCAAAAGACAGGCACGGCUUAUACCUUCUUCACUCCGAACAACAUGAGGCAGGCCAGCGACCUCAUCUCUGUGCUUCGGGAGGCCAACCAGGCGAUCAACCCCAAGCUCCUCCAGAUGGGAGAAGACAGAGGAGGUCGUUCAAGGGGAGGCAGAGGUGGUGAUUUCGACCGUCGGGAUAGGUAUUCCUCUGGAAGGCGUGAUUUUGGUGGUUUUAGGGACAGGGAUAACAGUAGAGGGUUUGACAACGGACCAAAUAAAUCCUUUGGCACAAAUGUACAAAAUGGAGGCUAUGGGGGCAAUAACGGCAGCGGUAAUGGCUUCAGCGGAGGUGGCUUCAAUGGUAAUGGACAGAGCAACUUUGGUAGUAACCAAACGGGCGCCUUUGGAGGCCAGACCAACUUCCAGGCCCAGCAGUUUGCCCCAAAGGCUGCCCCACAGAACGGCGCAGGUCACCCCCCUUUCCCCUUCCCCCAGGCACAGGCUCCUCAGCAGCAGCAUCCUCCUCCGCUGGUGCCCUACCCCAUGCCUCCUCAGUUCACUCAGUAAAACACCACACACUUGAAAGAAGUAACUUAUUGCUUUUUUUGUCCUGUUAAGUUCUAUAGAUAAGCCAGAUUUUUUUUUUUUUUUGUAUUUUCAGAACAGGGUUACAAACAACAUCGACCUCUGUCAAGCCUUUUACGAUCUGCAGUGCAGCAAUAGUGGCAUUGCACACUUCUUUUCCUAUUACUAUUUAAUUUGUUACAUUCCUUUAGUAAUGGUUGGUUAUGUUUUGUACUAGGUAAUGACAAAUGUAUUGGUUUUUCACGUGUAUCAUUGAAAGUGAUGUUAAGCUCCUACCUUGGAAGUGCACUGCAUGAUCUUUCAAAUAAAACAAACAAAAUAAA